AUGAAGCACCUCGCAGCUUACCUCCUGCUCACCCUCGGCGGCAACGCCUCCCCCUCUGCUGAGGAUGUUAAGGCUGUCCUCAGCUCCGUCGGCAUUGAGGCCGAGGAUGAGCGUCUUGAGAAGCUCAUCUCUGAGCUCUCUGGCAAGGACGUCAACGAGCUGAUCGCCGCUGGCUCUGAGAAGCUCGCUUCCGUUCCCUCUGGCGGUGCCGGCGGUGCUGCCCCUGCUGGCGGGGCUGCUGCCGGGGGGGCUGCCGCCGCUGAGGCCGUUGAGGAGAAGGAGGAGGAGAAGGAGGAGUCCGAUGAGGAUAUGGGAUUCGGUCUUUUCGACUAA